AUGAGAGAAACACAAAAGCGGUGGGAAAGGACAAGGAGGCUGAUUAGCUUUCCUCAUACUUCAACAGUGUCAACAUUCAUCAUGGCGGAGAAAACGAAUUCCAAUAUGUUGUUCGCUAAUUUCAACCAGGAUUUCUCGUGUAUAUCAGUCGGGACGCGGAGGGGCUACAGUGUUACAAAUUGCGACCCUUUUGGACGGGUUUACACGAUGAAUGACGGAGCAAGAGGAAUUGUCGAAAUGUUGUUUUGCACCUCCUUAAUCGUGCUGGUCGGAGCAGCGGACCAACCACAGUCUAGUCCACGGAAACUGCAAAUUAUGAACACGAAGCGUCAAUCCAUGAUCUGCGAGCUCCUCUUUCCUUCGUCAAUAUUGGCAGUCAAGUUGAAUCGGAAGUCGCUGGUUAUCGUGCUGGAGAUGGAGAUUUACAUCUACGAUAUCUCAAAUAUGAGGCUGCUGCAUGUCAUUGAGACGACACCAAACCCCGAAGCGAUAUGCGCACUUUCACCGUCUGCGGACAGCUCAUACCUCGCCUAUCCCUCUCCAGUGCCCUCUCCAGCAACGCCUCUCGCUUCUGGCUCAGCAACUUCUAGUUCCUCCGCCUCCUCAACCUCACAGUCAGGGGACGUCCUUCUAUUCUCAACACGCUCGCUAACCGUCGCCAACGUUAUCCAAGCCCACAAAGCUCCUCUCUCCUUCCUUUCUAUCAACUCGACUGGCACCCUCCUCGCAACCUCCUCCGAAAAGGGUACCGUCAUCCGUGUCUGGAGUAUCCCGGGCGCAGAGAAGCUGUACCAAUUCCGACGUGGCACACGCGAAGCCCGGAUAUACUCAAUGAACUUCAACCUUGUGUCAACCCUGCUGGCCGUCAGCUCCGCGCACGACACAGUGCAUAUCUUCAAGCUUGGCAACAGGGACUCUAGCAAUGGGAAGAAGGGUGACUCGUCGACGUCGGGAGUCAACAGCCCGCCAGAAUCGGUUGAUGGAGUGACGCAAGGCUUGGAUGGAGGGUAUGAGGCGUUCAUUGAGAAGAAGAAGGGCAACAGUGUCUCGUCAAGCCUUCGUCGCAAGUCGAUGCAGAUGACGAAGAGUCUGACGCACUCGGUGGGUGGGUAUCUACCCAAUACACUCACGGAGAUGUGGGAACCUUCUCGCGACUUCGCGUUCUUGCGGCUGCCGACAAGUGGUGCGAGGAGCAUCGUCGCUCUGUCAGGGACGAUGCCGCAUGUUAUGGUCCUAUCAUCUGAAGGAUAUCUCUACCUCUACAGUAUCGAUCUCGAGAAAGGCGGAGAAUGCUCAUUGAUGAAACAAUACAAUUUGCUUGAUUCAAACGACAUGGUUUCAGGAGAGGGGGUGGACCCUUGA